AUGAUCGCCGUACACAUCACAUGUCAGGUGUUUCAAGCGGCCACUAUAGGCAUUUUUUUGACAUUGAACACUAUUGUACCAGUUAAAUCAUCAAAGCCGGAUGCCAACUAUAAACUUGAAAAGACAUUCGAAAGCAUCCGUUCAUCUAUUGAUUCAAAAGUUGCUGAAAAUGGUCAUUUUAAAUCAUUUUUACCUCCAGAUGAAAUGAGAAAAUCGAAUACCGAUUUUUCUCAAUUACAGGAAGACGUUGAUAAACAGAUGUCUGGUAUAGAUUUUAAUUUCGAUCAGAACGAUUAUGACAAAUUCCAUUUGCCUCAACAACGACCUGCAAAACCUAAAUUUGUACUGAACUAUGAACCAUUAAGACCUUCAAAUUAUAUAUCAGCACCAUCUACGCGUUAUACAGAUUAUCCAUUUAGUAUACCAGAACAUCAAGAUGAUGGAGGUGAUGGUGGAGAUGGCGAUGAUGGUGGAGACGAUGGUGGUGGUGGCGGCGGCGGAGGCGGUGGGAAUGGCGGGGGUGGUGGUAAUGGAGGAGGGGGCGGAGGUGGUAGUGGAGGGGGAGGUGGGGGUGGAAAUGGCGGAGGCGGUGGAGGAGGAAAUGGUGGAGGUGGGAAUGGCGGCCUUGGAGAUGGUAAUGAUGGACGAUUUAUAGAACAGCAAUCUUUUGAGCAAGAUUACGAUAACUUUGAACCCCACAACGGUUGGAGACCUAUUCAUAAUAAAAUACAAGGAUCGGAUAUAUUAGAGGACCAGUUUAGGAUAAGGCCUUCAGUGAAGAAGGUCCCCGGUUACGGCUCGAAUCGAGUACCAGUAACUUCUAAUAGUUACCAGAAACCAUACAAGCAACGACCAGUGUAUAAAAAAAAGCAGCCUCAGCGAUUUGAUGACGAUCCAUAUACACGAAGAUUAGUUGAAAAUAAACGACCUUUAAAGGUGUUCGAUGAUGAUGAUGAUGAUGUACAACCAUUAAAGACUCGAGGAAAUAUCAGAAAACCUUUAAGGUUAAAUGGAGAAAAAGGGCGAUUAUCAUUUAAUAAUAUACGCAAUAAUAAACCAGCCGCUGUUAUUGACGAAGACAUUGAAGAUGCUGAUGAACCUAGGCCAUUACAAUCAAGACGGUUUCCAACUAAAAAGCGACAAGUGUGCCAGAAAAUGAAAAAAUCUAUGACACCAAACGAUAUUGAGGAUCAUGACAUUAUAGGAAGAAAAAUGUCAUGCAUGGUGUGUAAAGACUUAACUUCAGGUGGUUCAUAUGAAAAAUGCUCAUACACGUCAGACCCCAUAUCUGAUGAAUAUUUUAAAGAACCAGAAGAAUUGAAUAAAUUUAAAAUAAAUAGAUUUAAACGCAGAGUUGUGUAUGACAGAAAACGAAAGCAACCCGAAAGUGGCGAAGAAGUAGAAGACUAUGAAUAUGACAAUGUCAAUGCUCAAGAAUCUGAAGAAGAUCCAGAGUAUGUUCAAAAUGCAGAUGCCGUAGCCGAUUAUGAUAGUGAAGAUCCAGAGAAUUACGAAACGGCUGAAAACGAAAGUGAAGAAUAUAGAUUACCACCAUUGCCGACAAAAUCUUCUACCUGUCGUAAAGUAAUGAAAGAAGGGAAUGUAUGUAACGUAUGCCAAGAUAAUUUGACAAAUAGACAGUAUGAACAAUGUGAAUAUGAAGAUGAUCCAAAAAAGAACGCCUAUGAGUAUUCCACACGUAAUGUGUACGGUAAGCCUAGGUACAAAAGACAAUUAGACAGUGACCGAACUUACGACGAUUACUUUAAAAAGCUGUUCCCGGAGCUGGGUUCAAACCGGAAGAGUAGUAUAGCCACUAAGUUUUCGUCUAAAGAUGGAGACUUUGGAUUUUUAGACAACGGGCAAAUCGGUUUUAAGAAAACAAAAUCCUUGUUGCUCGGUGAUAAAGAUUUAUCAAUUGAUUUCAAUUCAGGCGAAGAAAGCCCAGUGAACAAGAUGUUGGGUGAUUUCCGUAACAAAGAUCGGUCUAACUGCAAGAAAUCUCUUAAAGAUAAGAUGACGUGUUACAAGUGUAAGGAUGAUACGGGUUCGGAGACAGAGGAAUGCAUGUACAUUACAGAUAGCGCUCCGAAAGAUAGGAAACAGUCUUAUCACGAAACGAAAAAAUUCAACUCCAGCCCAGAGGUGGUAAAAUCUACUUCAGAUGCGAACAAAUCAAAUGAGAAUCACAAGCAACAGCAGCCUGCCUCGUCAUCGCUGACACACGUCUAUGCUCCGCUGUUUGGGUCCAGUUACGAGCCAACGGCACAGUACUCGCACAUUCGGCCGCAGUACAAGAACAGAAAUUACAGACUUCGCAGGAAACCGGUGACCGAAGAACUCGCCGAGUCCACUGAGGAUGAUGAUCAGUCGGAGGCGCAAAGCGUAGAGGAGUACGACUACGCGGACGAUCCGAGUAGCAAACAGGUAUCUAGACACGACUUGCCCGACGUAGAUCCGUUUGGGCCAGAGGGAGCGUACAGCGAGGAAACACUGCCGGUUUAUGACCCGACAUUAAGAACUUGGCUACCAAGGUAUAUGGUAGUUAAGUCUUCAGAAGAAGCAAUGGUUGACGCAGAACUAGGGUUCGAUUAA